CUUCCUGGUUUGACUUUUGAGCAAAAUCUGGGAAUGGGAGAUACUUAAUAAAAAAUACAUAUGCAGUUGUUAGGCUGUAAAUGAGACUGCAACAGUUGGAUAGCCACCUCUUCCCUUUUUUUUUUUCUUUUUUUUUCCCCUCCAUUCUUUACAUAAUUUAAUGUCAUAGCUAAAGCAUAUUUUAUAAUGCAGAUCAUUAAUUCAACAGAAGCUGGGAUCGAGACACAAACAAAAUAUAACAAUGACUAAUUUCUCAGCAAACAUUUUCUUGGGAGAUAGAGAUAGAGAAAAAAAAAAAAAAAAAUGGCCCAGAUGACUUCCACUGGAAUUGAUUCUGGUACUGUUGAAGAACUGGGUUGGCUAGAGAAUCAUCAAUCUGGCUUUUCUGAAGUUCUUCGGCAGGGGUUGAGAUUCCUGAUUGGUUUUCUGACCUGCAUGUACAAAUGUGAAGCUGCUCAAAAGAAUUUGCUUCUUCGUGAUGCAAUUGAUGAUUUCAACGUUAUCCUAAAAGAAGUUGGUCUUGGUAUAGGUAAUGGCCGUGUGACUGAAAUCGGUCGCAUCCGCUCUAAACAUUUGAAUCCUCUGGUUUCUAAUUUGGUAGGCAAGUUUGAGCAAUUGGAACCAAAGAUUAAGAAAAUAAGGUUUCUUUCUUUGUUCUCAUUAAGGUGGUCCAAUGUGUGUUUAUCAAGUGCAGAGAUCUUGGGACUCCUCCGUCUUCUUCUUGAGAGUUUCCAGCAUCUUGUCAAUCUGGAAAGUGAGAUUGUUGGUUCUGUGAAGAACCAAAUCAGGGUUCUUAUAGAAAAGCUAAGUUCCCUAAGAAACCUUGUCCGUGAUCUCUCUGCGAGAUCAACAAGCGUUGACCAAGAUCAGGAACUGGAAGAUUUCAGGGAUUUUGUGAAGGAUGCCGCGUCGUUGUCCCUUGUGUUCUUGCUGAAAGGGGAGGAUAAUGGUAAGAAGGCCCAAGGAUUGGAGACGCUGGUUUCUGAUCUACUGCACAAGUUUAAGCCCUGCGCUCCAAAGGUCGCCGGGACCUUCAUUCGACUCCUUAAAGCUUCAGAGUCAACUAGUUCGGACAAGUUCCAAGUCGGCAAAAAUGUUGUCGGACUUGUUGACUUCCUGUUGGAAGAAUUAGUUGGCCCUUUGGGUUCGAAGGAUCGUGUUGAAAUCGUCAAGGAAGGGUUGAUAGUGAUCAUAUCCUUCUUUGUGGAUCCAGGAGUGGAAGCUCUCACAAACUCUGGACAUGGAUUUAUAAUAGUACGAAUUAAAGCUGCUAUCAAUGAGGUACUAUAUCUCAUUUCCUUAAUUUGCAUGGACGUAUUAGAAGCAGCAGCUACAUCUAUUCUCCUCGAAAAGAUUGAAACAAUGAAAGCGGAGAUUAGAAAGCUUUAUUUCCCUCUUUUGAGUUCAUCACCUAGCAUCAAGUUUCCAACCACAAAUUGCAUGGGAUUUAUCGAUUUCUUGUUGGAGAAUUUGGAGGAAAUGAUGAAACGUAGUCUCAAUAUGAAUGCUUUUGUAAAACAUCGAGUAUUGGUAAUCCACACGGAGAUCCUUUCCCUUAAACCCUUCCUCCAAACUAUCUCGAAGGUGGAGAAAGAGAGAGGGGAUUUGGGAGCUCUUUGGAAACAAAUUACCAAUACCAUGUUCUUAACAGAGCAAGCCAUCAACUCCUGUUUACUAAUAAGUCAUCCUAUUUGGUAUGACUUGAUGUGCCUCUCAGAUGUAAAAGAUUCCAUCAAGCUCAUUGAGAGAGAGGUGAAAACUUACAAGGAUCAGUUGCACGGGAUCAGAAUCUCAAGUGAUGUGACAACUUCAACUCGUAAACCCGCGAGACAAUCAAAUCAUGCAAGCCUUAAGGAUGUGGUGAUGAUGGGUCGGGAAGAUGAAUUCGGUACAAUCAUUCAGAAACUCUGUAGAGGAACAGAACAGCUUGACAUUGUCUCUAUUGUAGGUAUGGCCGGCCUCGGUAAGACCACCAUGGCCCAGAAAGUGUACAAUGAUUCAAGAGUUAAGUUCAACUUCCCAAUCCGGGCAUGGUGUUGUGUUUCUCAGACGUAUAAACCUAGAGAGUGUUACUUUGACAUUUUGAGCGAUGUCAUUGGUGAUGAUGGUCGUAAAAAAUACUCGGGUUUGAGUGAUAAUGAUUUGGUUGAGAAAAUCUGGAAAGAAUUGAAGCAGCGGAAGUAUCUGAUAGUUUUGGAUGACAUCUGGAGCAUCGAUGCAUGGGAAGGGAUUAAAUGUUCAUUUCCGGAUGAUGGAAAGGGAAGUCGAAUUAUGUUUACGACCCGAAUCCAUGAUUUGGUGUCACAAGCAAUGCCAAAUUCCAGUCCCCAUCAGCUUCAGUCACUUUCUGAUGAGGAGAGUUGGGAGUUACUACAAUCAAAACUCCCUCUUGAGCUCAGUUCUCCUCUUGAUGAUGAACAUUUGGAGAUUGGAAAAAAGAUUGCUAAAAACUGUAAAGGAUUGCCUUUAGCAGUGGUUUUGGUUGCAGGUAUACUGGCAGGCAAAGACAUAAGUCUCUGGAAGCAUAUUGAAUCUAGUACAAGUUCAGAGCUUGUUAGUGAAAUGUGCAUGGAUGUGCUUGAGCUUAGUUACGAGGAUUUGACAGAUAGCUUGAAAUCCUGCUUCCUCUACUUUGCAGCAUUCCCUGAGGAUACAGUAAUUAGAAGCGAAAAGCUGAAGAAUAUGUGGAUUGCAGAAGGGUUGAUACCAAGAACUGACCAAAAGAGUUCAUUUGAAAUUGCCAAUGAGUACUUGUCUCAUCUAAUCAGUCGAAAUCUGAUCAUCCUAGAAGAGGCAAGUUCCACUGGUGAUAUAAAAGCGUGUCGUGUCCAUGAUCUACUGCAUAAUCUAUGCUUGGUGAAAAGCCGAGAAGACAACUUUAUGCACAGGGUAGAUCAUGAGGACGGUGAUGAUUCUCAACCUUCAAAAUUAUUGAUUCCCAAAAAAUAUGAGCAUUAUCGCCUAUGCGUACAUGCGAAAUGGGAGGAGUUUGUUAAGACUGAACCGGUAGGUCCAUUCGUCCACUCUCUGGUCGUUUACUAUAACAACGACUCAUGGCAGUUUGAGUAUCCAUAUCCCUCUGCCCUUCUGAAUAGCUUUACGUUUCUUAAGGUGUUGGACUUGGAGCUCAUCGAGAUAGAGGGCUGUUUUCCUGAAGAAGUAACAUUGAUGGUUCAUUUGAGGUACCUAGCGAUUUCUUGCGAUGAUAGAGAUCUUCCAAGUUCCAUUGUCAAUUUGUGGAAUCUGGAAACCUUAAUUCUGCCAAGCCAACUGGUUUUCAUACCUGAAUUUUUUUGGAAGAUGAAAAGCUUGAGGUAUGUACAUAUUGAUGAGUUGCGUUUAGAUGGUAUCGAGAAUCACAAAUACGGUAAACUGGAGAAGUUGGAGGUUUUGUCGAGAGUAAUUAUUUUUAAUGAGUAUGAAAUCGAGGAACUCCUGAGGCGGUUGCCAGCGCUACGGAAGCUCACUCAUACUAGCCGUAGCUCCAUGAAGAAUGGGAGACUGGACAGUAUCCCGACUCCUCUCGAAUCACUGAGUGUGGUUUGCUUUCCAGCUUUUGAUUUUCCGAGCAGUCUCAGAAAAUUGACACUGGAUAGUUUGGGUCUCCACCGGAAGCUCGUAUCAGCUAUAGGGCAGUUGCCUAAUCUGGAGGUUCUCAAAUUCAAGUGUAAUGCUGUUAAAGGAAGCAUAUGGGAUUUGGAAGAUGUUCAAUUCUUGAACACUAAGGACUUGAAAUUCAUAGAGUCAGACAUUGAAGUGAGGACUGUCCAAGACGGCUCAUUCGCCAGCCUUGAACAACUUACACUGAAAUCUUGUCACAGACUACGCAGGAUUCCAUCCAGUUUGGAAAACAUGCUUACUUUGGAGUGGAUACAUAAGUUUGACUGCCCUCAAGCCUCAAGAUCAGCCUGAAAAGCUUUUAUGGAACUUCUAGAAAUGGAAAAUGGUAUCCUGAAGUUUGUGGUUGAUAUUCGUUAUGUUGAUGAUGGAGUUAAUGAAAGAUAAAAUGAUAGUGAUUGAUGAUGAAGAAGAAGAAUGGAACGAGCAGAAUUAUGGUCCCUAGAUCUAUGUUUCCUACACUUAGUGUUUCGUCAGUUAGGCCCUGCAGUAGUAUAAUUCUCUCAGGUGUAGAAAAAACUCACCAUCAUCAGCAUUCCCUCGCUGAAGAAUUUAUUUUCUGGAACAGGAGCAAAUAAUAAAUCCAUGUUAACUAAAGCUCUGAAACUACCAAUAAUCUCGGCAUGAACAGGUUCCAUCUCUAAAAUGGUGGAAUCUACUCCGAUCUCUCACUACAAUUUCCCUUCGAUAAACUUUUGACACUAGCUUGAUAGCCAAAUGGCAAUCUGCACAGAUCCUCAAGUUCUUCACUACUCUGAUUGGGGUUCCUGGAGGUGUAUUAAUCAGCAUAAAUGCAAUUGCAAUCUUCUCGCUAUGAUAAGAAAGAGCAGUCUCUUUCUCCUCAUUCUCAAUGUCUGAGAGAACAUUUGCUGUAUGCGGCACAUAACCUUCCAAAACUAGUAAUCUUGUCAUUUCAACAAGCUUUGCAUAAAUCUCUUGUGUCUGAGGAUGUGAUCUGUCUCCCAUGACAAACUCGUGUAUGCAGUUCCCUAAUUCAACAAGACUAUGACCUGGUACCUUCCUAACACCCUCUUUAAACAUUGUCCUCCUUACUUUAUGAGCAUCCCCCCAACGUCUUUCAGAUGCAUACAGAUUUGAAAGCAACACAUAAUCUCCAGAAUGGUUCGGCUCCAAGACCUUAAUUUGCUCCCUAGCAAAUUCUCCCAAAGUCACAUGCCCAUAUAUUGAACAGGCUCCGAGUAAAGUCCUCCAAAUCACUGCAUUGGCUGGCAUAGGCAUUUUCUGUAUAUACUCGUACGCUUGUUUCACUAAACCAGCUCGACAUAACAAAUCAACCAUGCAACCAUAGUGCUCAAUCUUGGGGGCAAUACCAAACUCCUUCUUCAUCCUCUCAAAAUAAGCAAAACCUUCGUCUACCAUCCCGCAGUGACUACAAGCAUACAACACCCCGACAAAGGUGAUUUCCGUAGGCAGCAAACCCCGUUCCUCUAGCUUCUUGAAAAGCUCAAGUGCGAAUUCACCGAACCCGUUGACAGCCAAUCCAACAAUCAGCGAAGUCCAAGAAACCACACUCUUCUCCUCCAUCUCGUCAAACACCCUCUCUGCCUCCCUAAUGUUCCCACACUUGGCAUAAAGAUCCAGCAACGCGUUAGCAGCAUGCAAAUUCUUGUCCAAACCAGAUUUUAUCAUGUACACAUGAGCUCGCCGGCCCAAAGCCAAGGCCCCAAGCUCGGCACAAGCUGUCAACAGACUAACCAACGUGAACCCAUCAGGUCUAACAUCCUCCGCCAACUCCAUUUCUCUAAAAAGGGUCAACGCUUCAUUAGGCCUGCUAUUCAAAGCAUACCCAUUUAUCACCGAAUUCCAAGCAACAAGAUUCUUUUCAGACAUAAACUCAAACAGCUUAUGUGCACUCUCCGCUCGACCACAAGCACCAUAAAAAUGCACCAGAGCAUUCUCCACAAAAACCAACGACACAAACCCAUUUUUCAUCACAACCGAAUGCACCUUCUCUCCCUCUCUAACCGCAAGUAAUUUGGCAAUAGCCUUGAGCAAGAAAGGAUACGUAUGAGUAUCGGCUUCCACCGAGGCCGCAAUCAUCUGGCGGUGGAUUUCAACGGCUGGAUUUGGAUCUUCACUCUCAGCAUAGCCUCUGAUCAUCGUAUUCCAGGUAAAUAUAUUUGGGAUUUCGAUCUGAUUAAAGAUUUCCCGAGCAUAAGACAAAACCGGCCGGCCACCGCCACCGGGACGCCGGACUGAAGCAAGGGAAACAAGGGUGAAAAUCAAGUGUUUGCCCAAGUCGGGAUUGCCCAAAGGGACUCCAUGCCUGAUGGAAAAGGCGUGAACUUGCCUCAGCUUGUAGUAAUUUGUGGAGGCGCAUGCGAGUAGCAGAGCUAUACAUUUCUUGACAAUGGCCGGUUUUUCGUGCAUUUCAUUUAGCUAAUAAGCUUAUGAGCGGGUGGAAUCUGACGAUUUAAAAACGGCCGGAAAGGCCAACUUCGAGAAGUCUUGCAAAGUUGUACCCACAUUUUCUUUUAUUUGGGUUCAGAAAAAGCCCAACUAAAAAGUUUCGUC